AUGACGCCCACACAGGUCCUGUUGUGUUAUAUCCUGUUCGCCUUCGUAUGUGAAUCAUCGGCGAAUCAGCCAUCGUUUCGUAUCAUUGCACCCAAGUUCCUUUGUAACCGUGAGGCGAAACCGAGCGAAGAAUCUAACGAUCAGACUAACAACAAUGCUAUCAGCAAGGAACCGUCGAGGUUCACUAUCGGUGUUUUGUUCCCUGCGGGACCAUCGUGGCGCAGUUUUCAAACGAAUGCAGGCCAGCGAUUGCAGUAUCGAUUGACUACAUACUUUGAGGUGCUAGAUGGGUUCGUAAGCCAGCGCCAUACGCUGCUCCUGUGGCGCUCUGUACGGUUGCUGGAACGACGAGUGUGGAGGGAGCGCGAAAUGAUCGCCGACACGGGACAACUGACGAUAGCCACGGAUGAGCUAGUGCCGGGUGUUAGAUACACUUUUGGCGUUGUCGGCCUUGCACAAGAUGGCACCGAAAGCGCAGAGCAGAACUUUACCAUGACUUACCGUGACAUUGAGCGUGGUGCUUCGUUUCACCAUGAACGAGCUUCGUCGAAUGGGGGAGAGUUAUCGUUGCUGUUGCUUGGAGCAGAAGUUACAUACGCUGACGUUGAGUAUAGUGUUGUCGCGAGGAUACUGUUCUGCCACCAGAGAAAUGAUUACUCGUUCCGAUGGUUUGUCGAAGGACUAGACGAAGAGUUCAUACCAGUCGCCAUGGAACGUUCGAAUAUGCUUCGCAUCCCACAGGGAAGCUUCACUCCAAAUCGAGUGUACACCAUUCGAGUGCGCGUAUGCCCAUCGGCGAAUGGUGAGGAAACGCUCACCACAGCAUGGAUAAAGGUGAUGGUGUUGGAAAAGUCAAAGGAAAUAGUACUGUUUCCAACGGAAGCCAUCGUGGGAUUCGAUCAACGGAUUCAUAUUCAAUCACACAUGAUUGGGAUGGCGAGCACACCGGACACAGAAUGGUUCUGUAGUAGGGAAGGUUCCAAUAUCAAUUCCGAUUGCAAUGUGUUUGAGACAACCGACGAAGCCAUCGUUACGUUUCACCAGGAAGGGCAAUAUGAAGUUCGCGUUUUAGCUGCCAAUGGGACGCUUGAGAGCAACAGUACCUUGCUGACUGUCAAUCCGAAGGCAAUCGUGUCGGUUAAGCUAUUGGAAUAUAGCAGCUAUCCUGCGAUAGGAGGCGAACGUUUCGAUAUGCUCGUCACCUUGGCAGGACUUGUGCCUAAUUGUGCCAGCCAUUGGAUGGUUGUUGAGGAGGACGGAUACGCGUACUUCGCACCCACAUUGAUCGGUGGUCUUGGCGGGCUUUUCAUUCGUGAUGUCGAGGAAAACUUCCUUUCCGAGUUGGUGGAUUAUGGUAACGACACGAUUGAGAGAGAUCUUGCUCUCAGCAUCCCGGCACACGGUACCCAAUGGAGCGGUCUUGAAGCGGAUGUACGCUAUAAGUUCGCACUCGAAACCACCUGUCCGGAACCGAUCGACGAUGUUCGUGCGCCAACGAAAUCCAAGGUCCGAGGGAAUGUGACAAGUCGAUGGACUUUCGUGCUGGAAACAAAUGGUGCUCCACGUGGUUUACCACUGGAAAUAGAACCGGCUAGCAACGGUACGGCACUUGAAACGAUAUUCAAGUUAAGUACGGGCAUAGCACAGGACGUAAGCAGUGAUUAUCCCUUACGUUAUUCCUUCUGGUAUGUUGCUGAUGGAGUAAAAAUCAAUAUUGGAACUUACUACGAGAUAACUUCGGCAGAAACGGUACUACCGUAUACGCGCAGCACGAUCGUAAGCACAUACGUAAUAGUGUGUGAUUCACGACAUGCCUGCUCCACCAUCCCCGGUCCAGAUAUUCAGCUUACCCCGGCCAAAGAACCAUCGAAGAAGGCGAUUGCCUUUACAAUUGCCUCGAUACAGGGUUACUUCAAUAGAUUGAAUCUCAGGGAGGGUUUGAAGACGUCAUUUGAAUUGUUACUCACUUUGCGCAAUCAGAAUUCCAGCGCUUACGACGGAACUUACGAACAAUUUAUAGACGUUUUCCGAUCCUCACUUGAGCACAUUGGGCAGGUUUAUGCGGAAACUGGUUAUCUUUCGGAGAGCGCACUGCAGGAUUUUGUGGCACAAUCUAAACCUAUUCUUGAUCUGAAGGAAUCCACAAACCACGAGCUUUUCCUGAGGCUACUGGAACUUCUCGAACCGGCUACCGGUCCGCGUAUUGAUGAAAACGAUCCAUUGCGAUCAAAACGGUCGACCCCACCAUUUGCAUCAACCAGCGUAGUUAAGGUCGAUAUGAAACUAUCGUUGUUGGAAAGCUUAACAGCAUCUAAAAAUGCGUCCAUCAGUAGCGAAGCACGUGCUAGUUUGCUAAGCUAUGUACACCAGGCUGCCAAGAGUUAUUGUGACGCUGAAUCUCGGUACGUCUACGCUGGACAGUUGAUUAUGCUCGAUGUGAACCGCUACCGAACUCUUCAAGCGGCCGAACUGAAUUUGGUGCAUGGUCCAAACAAUGUCCUUCUAACGUCAGGAAAAUCUCGGUAUAGUGACGCAUUUCCAGAAAACGAAUACUUUUGCAUCGGACGUGCUUACAUUGCACGUGAUUUGUUCACUCCUCGGGAACCACACGAGCUGGAUCUGGGAUUUUACGAAGUGUUCUUACUAUCUGUGGAAAAAGGCGGCAUAUGGACACUGGUGAAUUGGCAUAGCGAUUACUUUCUGUGGUCGCUCGAUGGCCGUAGACUGCCGAAUGUGACGUGUCAACUGUGGAGCGGAAAUGAGUGGACUGAUCGUGACUGUUCGACCGUGGAAACAGAAAAGAACGAGGUUCUUUGCAAUUGCUCCCGAUUAGCGUACUUAAGAAUCACGAAUGAAACAGACGCUGGUCAGUCUCUAACGUUUAUCAGUUCAACCACGCAGCCACCAUCAGAACCAUGCAGUGAAUUAACGAUUGAUAUGUCUACGGAAGUCACGGCAACUAGCCGUUCUAUGAGCACAGCAGCAGACCAUUCGUUAGCUACAUCUACUGUCUUCACGACAAGCACUCAGAACGACAUGGUCACAUUUGCGCCUCCGAUCAUUACCGAACAGCCUACAAAUGUCACCGAAAAUGAACCGAGUCCACUGAAGGCUAGUAGCGAAUCCGAUGCACCAACAGCGUUCAUACACAAUAGCUCCUUGAAAGUGGCUACUAUUGGUUACAUCAUCCUUGGAGCACUUGCCAUCAGUUCCAUGCUGGUAGUCUUGUUUACGAUCAUCUAUCGGCGACGUAAAGUAGCAUUGCGUCUGGUCGACGAGCUGCACACUAUGCCGAGCCGAACACGUACCCAGUCGCCGCACGUACGUUACGCUCGUUUCCAGGACGAACAUAAUAUGAUCGGCGAUAACGUAUCCACCAUAUCGGACGUAUUAACGGUUUGA